AUCAGUUACCAUAGAAACAUUCACACAAACCAUGGUUGAGCUCAGUUAAACUCAAACACGAAAAAGGUAGAUUCACGUUGUAUAUCAAUAGUACACAAAAAGCUGUGACUAUCACUGCCACAAUGGCUCAUUAUCGCACAAGUGUGAAAAUCGGAAACUGGAAUGAGGACAUGCGCUUAGAAGAGGAUGCAAAGAAAGAGUAUCAGGAGAAAAAAGACAGGGGUGAUCACACUGCUCAGAAAGUAGACUUCCUGAAACAGCACAUUUUGAGACCGUUGGAUCUCACUGUGACAAACGAUGGAAAAUUGCACUUUGGAGAUAUUGUGAUGUUGGUCAACAUGGGAGGAGAAGAGAGGGCCUGCAGUGCAUUGAGCAUUAAUGCAGAUAUUAACAGUUUUAAUAGGAUUCCUUCGCCUGGCAUUCUAUCCCCAUGUGGAGUUGUUGCAGGAAUAGGUAUUCAGGCCUGCCCACGCACUGCCUUCAUCAUUACAAGUGUAGACGGCAGUCCUGAAGGGUCGUCUCUUCAUUUUGAUCAAAGCUUUGCCCUGAAAACAACAAGUGGCUUUGCCAGGGGACUUUACUUGACAAGUGACCUGCAAAGUUUUCAAAAGUGUGCAAAGAAGUCCCGGCUGCAAGAAGUUAACUUGGAAGACACCAGUUCCUUUCUGUCAUGGUGGAAAAUAGUACACUUUGACCCCCAAGAGAGGCUUGAAUAUGAAGGUCAGCCUGUUCCUGCUAAUAUGAGUGUGCUGAUCAUACACUGCAAGACAAACCAGGCUCUCGCUGUUCUGGGUGAUCACAUCAUUUGGAACAUAUAUGGCAAAGAGUAUGAGAUGACGGCUCACACAUUCCUAGACUCCCACAAAGCAGAGCAGGACAACAAUCACUGGAUACUUUGCACCUCUGACCCAGCAGGGAACGGCCUCAUCCUUCUCAACCAUCCACAGUUAGGGGCCAUUAACAAGGUGCUCACACAGGCAAACCCUGGCGUCUAACA